CCUUCUGAGACGCAUUUCAGUGAUUUUUCGGUGUUGCAACGACGGAGAAAGAGAAAGACUUAGAGGAAAGUCUCGUUUUGAGAAUUCUAAAAAAAAAAAUCAUAAAAUAAUUUUCCUCUCUACCAUCAUCGUCAACAUCAUCAUAAAUGCAGAGAACGUUCCCAUACGGUCCGCAAGAGAACAAAAACACGAGAAGAACGACAACGACGACGACGACGUGAGAUGAUUUUACGACCGACGUAUAUCCUCAUCCAUUUUUAACUUUGCUACACAUCUGCGUAGUCGCAGGCAGGCAAUCUCCCAGGCUGUUCUCGUACCCAUCUCUCGUCGUUGUAUGGCAGAACUCUCGUCGUGUCGUCUCGUGCGUUCGCAGAAUGGCGGCGUGUGUGUGUGUAUGUGCAUCAAAAUAAAUGGGGGGAUACUGUUCUUUUCAUUCAUAUGUUUUUCAGUCUCUUUUCGGUCGUCUGCUUAGCGAGUCUUUUUUCGAUGUAAAAAAAUUGUUAUAUUUAUCUCUGAAAUAAUACAAAAUACAGCACGACACACACAUUCACUCAAUUAUCUCGGAAAAAAAAAAUAAAAUACAGCGAAAUAACAUACGGGAAUAGACGGGUUCGCCAUCAUCGUCUUCUUUCUAUUCAAUUCAUCAUCAAUUGAAUCAAUUAAAACAAAAUAAAUUGGUGUUUCCUUUAAUAAUCAAGCUGUAGAAAUAUUUUUUUUGUGGAGCAAAGAAAUUGAAUGACCGCCAGAAACGGGCGAGAAAUGAAAAUCUAAAAAAAAAAGAAAAAAAAGUUCAUAAAUAAUAAUCAAAAGAAAAUAUUUUUUUCGUGAAAAGUAGAAAAAAAGUGAAAAAUAAAAUAAAUUAAAAUAAAUAAAUAAAUAUUUCCAGUAAUUUUUUCGUGACACCAGUUAACGUUAAAAUCAGUCAAACUGUGGGGCUCCGGAGCAUAUUUUCUUCCCCCGCAAGGAAUGUAUUUUCCGCACAUGGUGCAAGCGGGCAUGGGAGCCACACCUUUUCCAACGCCCCCGGGUUUUCCGCCGGGAGCGACAGCAGCCACGCCACAGAAUGCCGCGACGCUUGCAGCGAAUGCCGCCGCAGCGGCAGCUGGCGCCACGGGACUCCCCACGGAUGCCGCGCACGCGAUGCCAAAUUUGGUCGCCGUCAAGGGAACGUCAAUUGCUGAGCAAAUUGCCGCCGUCAAGCAACAACAACAACAGCAACAACAACAAAAUGCUGCCUUGUUAUCGCAUCACUUGCAGCAACAGCAGCAGCAGCAGCAGCAACAACAGCAACUCGUUGCCGCACAAAUGUCGCCAAACAAGACGACAACUGGCCAGAAUGGCAUUGCGGCGAUACCAACGUCAAUUGUGCCCACUUCGGGAUCCUCGGCGACCUCGAGCGUCGUCGUGAAUGGAACAAACACGGAAACGAAUGCCAAUGACCAGUCCGAUCCGCAUCAACAGCAACAACAACAGCAGCAGCAACAGUCAACAGAACCAGAGAAUUCAUGUGCCAACAAUUCACCUUCAUCAUCACAACAAUUACCUUCAUCGCCAUCCGCAUCGACACCGACUCCCGGCGUCGUCACAAAUGGCAAUGUCGCCGAUGGAGACAACGUGGUUAGCAGUAACGGUACCGCAACGCCGCCCACCAGCUGCAACCAGAACAACACGCAACUCUCACCCGAUUCCUUGUCCAAUUCGUCGCCAAUUGCCGCUUCUUCCGCCAUUUCGUCACUCAAUUCACUCACAAGUCAGCCAUCCGCCUCUCCAACUUCCAUGAUAACGACAGCCAGUAGUAAUAGCAGCACCGUUACGAGUAACAAUAUUGCAGCGACUGUCUCCUCGGUCACUGCGGCACUCAAUGCAGCUGCUGCAGCAGCUGCCGCCAUCAACAACCAAAAAGAUCAACCAAAGAGAUUACAUGUGUCAAAUAUACCAUUCAGAUUUAGAGAUCCCGACUUGCGAGCCAUGUUUGGGCAAUUUGGAACAAUUCUUGACGUGGAAAUAAUUUUUAAUGAACGCGGAAGCAAGGGAUUUGGUUUUGUAACAUUCGCUAAUAGCGCGGAUGCGGAACGAGCACGGGAACGACUUCACGGCACAGUGGUUGAGGGACGCAAAAUUGAGGUUAAUAAUGCCACUGCACGAGUCCAGAGCAAGAAAGUUAUCACACCGAUUCCACCAGUUUAUCUGACCAAGCAAAAUGCCGUAGCGGCACCGCCUUUGGUUUGUGUUCAAUGGCCACCCGAAGGAUAUCGUUUACCACUUACCACAUGGCCCACGACAGCAUGGCUAGCUGGCAAUACAGUUGGUAGUAAUGCGACAGGUACAACUGUUGGAUAUAAUCCAAUUGCUGCUAAUGCUGCGGCGGCUGCUGCCGCUGCCCAACUAGUGCCUUCGUCACAGUGCAAUUCUGUGUCACAAUUAGCGACAAAUUCGACCACAACAUCAUAUCUUUUGGCGCAACGAGCUGCCAAUGCAGCUGCCGUUCAAAGACGAAGUGUCUAUUAUGAUCCGUUCUUGGCUGCAGCUGCGGCUUCUGAUCCAAUGAGACUACAAGUGAGUAUUUUAGCUGCUGCUUUAGCUGCGAAACCAGUACAGGAUGCUAACGCCUCUGUGAGUCAAGCAAGUGCUCAACCGAGUUUGUACAACUUACAACAAUCGGUCGCUGGCAAUCCCCUGUUGAAGACACCGUUGCAAAACGCGCAAGCGGCUCAAGCCCAAGCUCAGGCCCAGGCGCAAGCACAAGCCCUCCAAUCGGCACAAGCGCAAGCCCUACAAGUUGCCACAAAUCAAGGUCUCUUGUCGGCGCACCAGCAACAAGGACAAUACUCGGCAGCGGCAUUAGCGGGACGAACUGCUGCUGUCGCCGGCAUGCCCGGAUUGGCGCUUCCACAAGGAUUCGGUCGCGAAUACGCGGAUCCCUAUUUGGGACAAAGCAUUGGCCCCGUGCCUACCUACGGAGCCGCCAUGUAUCGUGGAUUCAACCGAUUUGCUCCCUACUAAAAAAAAAGAAACAGAAAACAGAGUUAAAACAUGACAAAAAAAGAACGUUUCUCUCUCCAUCAUACUCAACAAACUUUAAUUUUUGGUCUUCGAAUAAUUUUCUCUAUUAUAAGUUUAAGAAUUUAAUUUUAAGUUAGUAAUGUAAAAUGUAACGUAAACGCAGAAAGGAAACCACGUGCGCGCAAAAACUCGUUAGUUAGCUAUUUAAGUGAAAAAGUUGGAUUUAUUUUAUAUAUUAAACAACUUCAGUUACGAAAUUAAGGAUAAGAAAACGUUACAAAGAGAAACUAGUUGGUUAGGUUUUAAAAAAACAACAAAUCAGAAGAAAAUAACUCACACACUCACAAAAUGAGACAAAUUGCCAAAGUUUAUGUAGGAAUAUAAUUAUUAAUUAUAAAGAAUAUUAUAGUUUGUAAGUCAUCUCUCUUAGUAUAUUUCCUUCAAUCUCAUCAUAUAGAAUUUCCUCAAAAACUUUUUUUUUGUUGUUAAAUUUGUAUUAAACAGAAAAAUAUGUGUAACGUUCUCCUUUUAAAGAUUUUUUUUUGUUAACAGGCAGCUAUUAUUACACAGAAAAAAUGAAUCUCAUUUAAAAUGUACAAGAAAAUUAUAAAUUGAUGAAAUAUCCAUGAAAUUUAUUUAAGAUUUAGUAAACAAAUAAUAAUAUAAAUACAGUAAAAAUUGCU